GAACUGCUAAGUCUUCUUGAAAACCAGCUCUACUCAUUCGAAGGAGAUCUUCUCAAAAACUCCUUUUACGGAAGUAUCCUCACCGGAUGGAAUCGGGAUGCUUUGUCAAUGGUCCCAUCGCGAGCGCCACAGUCAGCUUUGAAGAGAACAUUUCAAGAUGACGAGCGUAUCCUUUCACGGUCAUCCGUUGAGUUUAUGAAACGUAAACGUCGCGAAUCAGUGGAUCAGGAAAACCGUUCACAUGCAAAUUCCGGGAAAUCCCAGAAAACGAAUACGUGUGUAAACAAAGGUAAGAGCGGCGAAUCCAACAAACGGACCCCUCCAAUCGUGAUCAAAGCAAAGCCGCUUAGCACCAGUUCAGACGACAGAAGAAACAAGCAGAGGUGA